CAACAGCGAGUUUAUCAAAAUUUUGAGCAAGUGUUUAAAAAAUUUCUUAUAAUUUGUAGUUUGUGAAUGUGAUUAUUCCGUUAAGCAGAAGCAAUGGAUAGCAAUUUGGUGUGUCGGUUGUGUUUAUAUAACAAUCAAAAUAUCCUUCCGAUUUUCGGAGAUCGUCAGCGUGAAGUCAAGCUCCAGGAAAAGUUGCAACAGUAUUUGAACUUGGCCGUGCGAGAAACGGAUAGCGUUUCCAAGUACAUCUGCCUCAAAUGUUUCCAAACGGUGGAAAAUUUCCACACGUUCUACCAGGAGGUGGCCCAAAACCAGACAGUUUUCGCCUACAGCACCCAACCCGGAGUGAUCAGCGUUAUCAGUGAUCAGGAAUCCCACACAACUUACAUCCUGCGGGAGGAAGAAGUUGAUGGCGUCACAUGUGUGUCGGCACCAUCUCAGCCCUGCUUGCAGGGGAACGAUGACUUGAAUCAGUCCUAUCAACAACAGCAGUUGCCUUCGUCGUCCAGUUCCUCCGUGAGAGUUUCUUCAAAAGCAACAAGCUCAACAAUCACGUCCAAACGGCAUCCGCCAACUGGUGGUAAAUCACUUGCCGCCAGUGUUGAUGUAUCCACGGUUCAAGUGUUGGCUUCCGAUUUACCAUCGUACGAUGAAUCCCAGAAAAGUAGACAGGAACAGAUGAUACAGAUCACGGUACAACACCCGCAGCAUCCACACCCGUCCGAACUUGAUGAUAUUCGGGAAGGCGGCAUGAUCAACAGCAUUCAAGACGAACAUGGAACACUUAGUGGAAACUUAAAAAUCGAACAGAGACAUGAUGAAACGGAUGAGACACCCGAAAUGGAAUUGGGUGAAUUCGACCACGAUGAUGACGACUGCGACGACGACGAGGACGAAGACGAAGAAGAGGAGCAUGAGGAGGAGUACGUGUACGAAGAAGACGAGGAGACCUCUUCGGAAACUUUGAGCUCGACCCUGCAAAAGGUUGCAUUCCCGAAAAAGUUUAUCCAAGAUCAUAAACUGACCGUACGGGGCAAGGAGCUGUCCAGCUUGAUGGCCACUUUCUACAAUUUGCAGUGUGAGCUGUGUGGCACCGGGGUUAAAUUCGUGGACAUGGACAGCUAUUUGGCGCACUGUAAAAAAGAACACGGUAUCAAGGGAUACGUCUACUGUUGCCAGAAGAAAAUCUAUAAGCCCCAAAUGAUGGCAAUGCAUAUGGCAAGACACGUUCAACCGGAAGCGUUCCGUUGCAAGGAAUGCGGAAAGAUGUUGACUACUCAGAAGAUAUUGCUGUAUCACAUUCAAAAUCACAGACCCGAAGAGGAGAGACCACUCAAAUGUGAGGUUUGUCCUCGUAGAUUUACCUAUGCCAGUGCUCUUGCGUUGCACAACGAACAACAUCUACCGGAAGACAAAAGGAAGACGUAUCACUGUGACGAGUGCGGUCGAAGUUAUCAUUCGGUGAAAAAGUACUCCCAGCAUCUUCAAUCCGCCCAUUCCAUUUCUGAGCAGGUGGUGUACGUUUGCGACAUCUGUGCCAAACAAUUCUCAUCGCGAGGGAAUCUCAACUACCACCUUACAACUCAUCAGCCAAAAAUCCACCAAGUCCAGUGUCUGGAGUGUGGCAAAUGGCUCAAGAAUAAGCUCUGCCUGCGGAAGCACAUGAUCCAACACUCGGAGGUGCGGCACAAGUGCAACCAGUGCGACUACUCGGCGCUAAAUAUGCAGUGUUUGAGGAAUCACGUGCGGGUGCAGCAUUCCGAUGUGAAACCUUUCGAAUGUACGGAUUGUGGCAAGACUUUCAAACUGAAAAAUACCCUGCUGAAUCACAUGGUGCAGCAUACCGGGGUGAAGAAGUUUAGCUGCGAGUUUUGUAACCGUACGUUCGCUUCCAGCGGAAAUUACUACUCUCAUCGGAAACGCAUGCAUCCGCAGGAGCUGGCCAUACAGAAGAUGCGAAAGGAGGAGGAAGAGAAUGAGUUCCGAAAGAAAUCUAUACUAAAUAAGGCCUGAAAGAAAAAACGCGUAACAUGAUUUUUCGGAGAAUUCUACAACGAAUAAGUCCAAAAGUGUUGUCCUACAUUAUUAGAUGGUAUUGUAUUGUUUUCGAAAAUAAAUCAAACAUCUUGACCGCAAAUGAACCACAUUGGGUUUCGACCCACAACUGGUAUUCGAAAAUCUGUCCCUAAACGAAGACUUCACUCACUCGCUUAGUCCUCCUUGAAUUUGCCCCCGUAGAAUGGGAUGUAGGUAACGAUCACUCUCCAGUCGGUCAGGUACAGACCAACCAGGCCAGCGGCGCCUCCGAAGCCCAUGGCGGAAGAG